UAUUCUAGUCUACAUUAUUUCUUGCAAUUCCACUAACAACAAUUUUUCAGCAAAAAAAAUGGCUGAUGAAGUUGUCCUUUUGGGUACAUAUGUGAGCAUGUUCGCUGUGAGAGUAAAGAUUGCCCUGGCUGACAAAGGGAUCCAAUAUGAGUACAAAGAAGAGAACUUGGUGAACAAAAGUCCUUUACUCUUACAAAUGAAUCCAAUUCACAAGAAAAUCCCAGUGUUGAUCCAUAAUGGAAAACCAAUAUGUGAGUCCCUCAUAAUUGUUGAGUACAUAGAUGAAGUUUGGAAGGACAAAUCACCUUUGUUGCCUAGUGAUCCUUAUAAGAAAGCUCAAGCUAGGUUUUGGGCUGAUUAUGUUGACAAAAAGAUUUAUGAUGGUGGAAAGAAAAUUUGGACAACAAAAGUGGAGGACCAAGAAGCAGCUAAUAAAGAAUUCAUAGAGUGUUUGAAGGUGUUGGAAGAAGAAUUGGGAGACAAACCAUACUUUGAUGGAGAAAGUUUUGGUUUUGUGGAUUUGGCACUUAUUCCUUACUAUAGUUGGUUCCCUGCUUAUGAAAAAUUUGGCAAAUUUAGUAUUGAACCAGAGUGUCCUAAGUUUGUGGCAUGGGCCAAGAGGUGUAUGCAAAAGGAGAAUGUCUCUAAGUAUCUUUCUGAUCCUGACAAAAUCUAUGAUUUUGUUGUCAUGUUGAGACAGAGGAUGGGCAUUGCCUAAAAAAGCCGGAUCUAGAGCAUGUUCAACUGAAGUUGUUGUUUCUAGUUCAUACUAUGUUUGCGAAUAAAUUCUCUUGCCCUAUGCUCCUUUUUUGUUCUUUUGAACUCAGGGAGGAAGCCUGAAAAAGUUGUGUUUGUGUUGAUGACUCUGUAUGCUUUAUGUAAUAAGUUAAGUAAUGAAAGGUGAUAUUACUAUAUGUAUACUUAUGUUGCAUAUGUACAACGUUCGAGUCAGAAGGGAAGUCUUGGAUCAACGGUAAAUUAUCUCUGUGUAACCUAUUGGUAACAGGUUUGAGCGAUGGAAUCAACUAUUGAUGCUUGCUU